UUAUAAUUUCAUAAUAUUAAAAUUUAUUUUUUGAUUGGCAAUAAUAAAGUAAAUAAAAAAAAAAAAUGUCUAAUAGUAAAAAAACAGCUGAAACUGACAGUAGAGAAGUUAAUGGAUUUCAGACAUGUAGAGAUUUGAGUGACAUUGUUCCUUUGUAUACUGCAAAAGGUCUUUAUUUAAAACCAAAUGCAACAAUAAAUGUGUCUGUUAAUCUUCCACAGCUUAAAGUACCAGGAAAAACAAUAUCAACAUGGGAGGUCAUGGAAAAAAUACGUGUGCUGAUACGUCCAGACGAAUUUUCAUCAUUGAAAGUAUCAAAAAGUACACUGGAAUUCAUAAGAUUAGAGGGAGAUCUUACAGACCGUUGCAGAUUACAAAGGGUAUUGGCUAGACUUGAAGGACAACGUUUAAAUCUUGCUGGUUUUUCAAAUAUACUUAAAGUACGAGCUGCUGAAGCUAAAGAUGAUUUUCCAACAAAACACAGUUGGGAUUCAUAUUUUCGUGAUGCAAAACAUAUGAAUGAAUUAAAACCAGGUGAAAGACCAGAUACUGUUCAUAUCAAGGGUUUACCAAUUAAAUGGUUUAGUGAUGAUAAUGGAAAAACACCAAGUGAAACAAUUUUAUUAAAAAUAUUUAAAAAAUGGGGAACAAUUAGACGAAUUGAUGUACCAGCUGCUGAUCAAUAUAGAACAAGAAUGAGACUUGGAAAUAAUUUUAAUAAACAUAGUUUUGGUGAUGGUAUUUUUUUUGAAGUAUUUAUACAAUAUAUUGAAUAUAUGGAUUUUGUUAAACUCAUGGAUUCUUUGAGAGGAAUGAGAAUCAUGAAAAAAGAUGAUAAAAAUUGUCUCACUGCUGGUAUCAAGGUUGAUUUUGAUAAAACUAAACACAUGAGUGAUGCAACAGUUUCUCAUAGAGAAUUUGAAAGAAAAAGACUCAUUGCUCAGGAUAAUAUGGCAGCUGAAAAAUUGAGAAAAAAAGAAGAAGCUGAAAUACAAAAAAGAGAACAACAAAAAAAAAAUGAGGCAGCUGAUAAAGAUGCAAAACUUACAAGAAGAAAAAUACGUGAAGAAAAAAGAAAACGUAAAGCUUUGACAAUGUAUAGAAAACAAGAAGAAGAUAAAGUUUCAAUGAAAAUUGCUAGAGAAGAAAAAAAAUUAAUUAAAGCACAAAGGCAACUUGAAAGUAUUCGACUUCUUGAUGAAUUAUUUGACAGAAUAAAGCAAAAGGUUGAAAAAAAAGAAAUAAUAAUUGGCCAAAUUAAAAAUAUUGAUCAAAAAACAGCUAAUAAAAAAAUUGAAGAUGGUACAAAAAAAUCAACUGAUGGUGAUGAAAAAAAAACAUCAAAAAAAAGUAAAAAAUCAAAGAAAAAAAAAUCUAAAAAAGAAAAAAAGAAAAAGAAAAAAGAUAGAAAAAAUUCUGAAACUUCUAGUGAUGAUUCUGAUGAUGGAUUAGAUAAAAAAAAAUUAAAAAGUGCAUUAGGAUUGAACAAGACAACUUCUUCUCAACAAGAAAUGGAUAACGUUGGAAUGCAACAAAUGUAUCCAAGAUUUCCUCAGCCUUGGUUUUAUGAUGCUGCAGCAAUGCUUUAUCCACCAAUGGGUCGUGGUGGUCCUGGUGGUCCUGGUCCUGGUGGUGGUAGAGGUGGUCAAAUGAAUCGUUAUCCACGUUCAAGAGGAAGAAGUGGUUUUAUAUCACGUCGUGGAGGUGGUAGAAAUAUAAGAUCAAUGCAACCAUUUAAUCCACACAUGUAUAAUGAACAAUACUACAAAUAUUUUGCAAAUUUAGCUGGUAUUGAUUAUUAUGAAAGUGAUUAUCAUAGUGAUUCAAGAUCAAGAAGUCGUUCAAGAUCAAGAAAAAGAACAAGAAAACAUAGUGAAAGUAGAAGUAGAUCACGUUCAAGAAGACGAAGAAGAAGAUCAAGUUCUAGAUCACGUUCACGUACAAGAUCACAUUCAAGAUCACGUUCACGUUCUCGUUCUCGUUCUCGUUCUCGUUCAAGAAGAUCAUCAUCAAAGAGAUCAAAACGUUCACGUUCAAAACGUAGUACAACAAGAGACAGUGGUGAUAAACGUGGACAAAAUAGAAGAAAUCGUAGUCGUUCAAAAGUUCAAAUAACACGUGCUAAAUCAAGAUCAAGAACACCUAAAAAAAGAUCACGUAGUAAAUCAUGGUCACUUCCAAAAUCACCAAGACAACGCACAUGUUCAUGGUCCAAAAAUGUUGAUGGUAAAGAAAUAAAUUCUAAAGUCAAUCAAGAUAAAGUGAACAAUACUAAAAUAACUGAUCCUGUUGAAGCAGUUAUUAAUCCAGAUAUUAAUCAAAAUUAAUAUUUGCAAACUUAAUUAUUUUUAAUU